AUGCGACGCGCGCUCCUCCGCGCGCUCGCGCUGCUCCUCGUCAUCGCGCCCGCCGCGCGCGCGCGCGACGACGCCGCCGCGCCGUUCGCGAGCGGCGGCGGCGUCGACGACGACGACGCGGGGAAAGCGACGCCGAAGACUACGACGACGACUCCGCUCUCGGACGCGGACGCGCGCGCGCGACGCGCGUCGUUCCCGCUCUACGCGUCGCCGUCGUCGUCCGCCUCCGGCGCGGUCGAGCUGGCGUGGACGCCGCCGCUGACGCCGCGCGUCUUCCCGUUCGACGGCGGCGACGACGUCGACGACGACGACGGGGACGACGACGACGACGACGACGCGCCUCCCGGGCUCGCCGCCUUCUCCACCGCCGCGUCGGACGCCGCGAUCGGGAAGACCUACUCCGUCGAAGCGCGCGCGUGCCUCGACGACGACGCCGCGUUCGCCGCCUCCGCGCCGCCGUGCGCGGCGCCGGUCGUCGCGCGCGCGGACGGCGUGGAGGGGACCGGGUACGCGUUCCGCGGCCUGACCCCAGGCGUGGCGUACGCGUUUCGAGUCCGCGUCUCCCCGUUCGACGGCGACGACGACGGCGACGCGGGCGCGGUGUCCGCGGUCGCGAUCGCGGUCGCGUCUUCCGAAGAAGAGGAAGAUGAAGACGACGAAGAAGAUGACGCGUCCUACGACGACGCGUCCGCGCUCGACGCGGGGACGGACCCGACGCGGUGGGCCUUCUGCGGCGCGACGCGCGGGUUUUUCCCGAACGCGACGAUACUCCUGGACGGCGGCGACGUCCGUACCGCGAACGCGGGCGAAUGCUGCGACGCGUGCGCGCGCGUCGCCGGGUGCAACGCGUGGGCGCGCUGCGAGGACGAGGACGAGGACGACGAGGACUACAACGAGGACGCGUGCGAGGCGAUGGGCGUCGCGUCCGGGCAGUGCUGGCUGAUGUUCGCGCCGGUCGAAGACGUCGAAGACGUCGUCGAGCGGGGCCGCCGCGCUCGAGACCAAAAAAACCAAAACCAAAAAAACGACCAAAAUAAGGCGCGCGACGACGACCCGUUGUAUCAGCGCACGCGUCACGACGCGUCGCUCCCGACGUCCCUGUGCGAGUGCAACGGCUGGAAGAUCCCGAAGCCGAGAGGCGCGGACUCGAUUGAAACCGAAAACGCGGACGUCGCGGUGACCGUGGACGUCGUCGCGGAGAACGCCGCGGGCGAGACGUCCCCCGCGGCGACGCUCUCGUUCACGCGUCCCGCGUCGACGCUCUCCGCGGCUCUCCGCGGCGAGGACGGCGAGGACGGCGAGGACGCCGCCGCCUGCCCUCCGAUCGUGAACGCGCCGCGGUCGCCGCCGCGACGCGUGACCGCGCGGCGCGUGCGGGAGAGCGACGGCGGCGGCGUCCUCGUCGCGUGGUCCAGACCCGGUCCGAGGGAGGGUUCGAACGACGGCCGCCGGCGUCGCCGCGGCCUUCUUCGAGACGACGACGAGGAGGACCCCGACGCGGACGUCGACGACGAGGACCUCGGGUACCAGGUCACGUGGAUCGCGUGGCGCGACGACGGUAACGCCCCCGUUAAGGCCGUUAUCCCUCCCGCGUCCGUCGUCCUGAGCGACGACGACGCCGUCGCUCGUAACGCCCGCGCGCCGUGCGGCGCCGGCGGAGAGAGCGGCGGCGAGAGCGAGAGAGACGACGACGCGUGCUUCUUCACGUCCGCCGCGAGAUCGUUGCGACUCGAGGCGCGUUCUAUCUCACACUGGUCCCCAUACGACCGCGUUGGCGUGGUGAACGCCGGGCUCCCGCCGGGGGAGACGAUCGCGUUGGGCGUUCGCGCGCUGACGAGGGGCGGCGCCGGGCCGUCCUCGCGCGUCGUCGUCGUUCCUCCGGACAGCGAGGGCGAGGACGCGCCGGCGACGACGGACGCGGAGACGACCGAAGCGCCGACCCUGACGAACGAGACGGAGACGGAGAUCACGGAGAUCACGGAGAUCGACGAGACGUCGCGGCCGCCGGCGACGCCGCCGCCGCCGUUGUACGAAGCGUACAGGGUCGGCGGCGUGUACGACCAGCUCGCGACGACGACGCCGGCGCCGACGCCGACGCGGCCGGUCGACGACGUCUUCGCCGCGGAGGAAGUCACCGAGACCACCGAAGACGUCGUCGGCCCGUACGGCGGCGUAGGCGCGUUCGGCGACGGACUCGGCUACGGCGGCCUCGGCUACGGCGGCCUCGGGCUUCCGUUCAUGGGCGCCGGGUUAGCUCAGCGGCGGCGGCAACGCGUCGACGGCGUCCGAGGCGCGACGAUUGCCGCCGCCGCCGCCCGCGACGUCGCCGCCUCCUCCUCUGUCUCCUCCUCCGCCACCUCUCGCGACGCCGUCGCCGUCGCCGUCGCCGUCGCCGUCGCCGUCGCCGUCGCCGUCGCCGUCGCCGUCGCCGAUCGCGGCGCAAUCCAACGCCGCGCCGCGGGAGGAGACGUCCACGACGCGCGGCGAGGCGCGCGAGCGGAAAACGCCGACGGUGCGACUCGGCGAGGAGACCCCCGCGGCGAGAGGCGAGCCCGCGGUCGUGAGGAUCGGCGGGGAUCGAGCGGAGGCGGCGGCGGAGGCGCGAGACGCCAACGUCGACGCCGCCGCCGCCGCCGCCGCUUCCGCGGCGGACGGUCCGACCGUCGUCGAACUCGAUAA